AUGGAUGAAUUAGCUAUUGGCUCAUAUAGGGAUCGCUCGUCGUCCUUUCCUACUAUUCCUCUCGACAUACUUUUCGAUAUAUUUCAGCAUCUUCCUAUCCAAAGCGUCCUGGCACUACGGCAGUUUUUAUGCUAUCACCCGUCUGCGCAGUCUCUGGGCUCUCCUUCUGCGGACUCUUGUCCAGGAACAAAACAUCCCUAUACCCUACUUCGCCUACAACGCGUUAUCCAGUGCUGGGACCUUGCUGUCCUACAACCCGUGUGCAUAGCAAAACCGACAUACAUGGAAGGGCCAUACGACCGUGUUGUUAUCAAUGACGAUCCCUCUUCUUCAGCCAUGAUAGCGAUCCAGUCAUCACUAACGGAAAUCGACUUCGAAGGGAAAAACCCCGAGUCAGCAUUCGUUUCGCUGAGUACCAUUGAUGGACUUAGAGAGACUCACCUACUCAGUGGGAGCACGCUCGUCACCCGGCAUCCAGAACACGACGGAGAAGUGAGCAUAUGGGACAUCAGUGAUCAACCUUGUGAGAAAAUACAGUUUGUGAGCCCCUCGCUAUCACCGUUCCAUUACUGCGAAGCUAUGCAUCUCUGUGACGAUUACAUAGUAAUCAUCCGCUGUCAAAUUGUCGAGCUCUACUCCACCAUUCCCCGACCCAACAACAUUGCAACACCGGGAGUGUCAAUCUCGUACCCACUCGCACAGCACAGCUUUCAACGGCCCCUACAGUCCGUCUAUGUGUCAGGGCAAGUCAACUGGCAUGCUGCGCGCUCGCGCCGCUCCUCACCAAUCAACAUUGCCGUUCGAUAUAGAAGCACCAAUGGCUGGCUGGCGAUCACGUUGCAUCUUUUCGUACUUACGCCAAAUCCCGCGUACAUCCCAGGACGAGAGACUUCUCUAUAUAAUCUUCCAUACGCGGCGCAGCCCACUCUAGUGCAGACGAUAGGCUUACCAGUGUUUUCACCUCAGAUGUCGGACGUUGCUCUCGGACGAUAUGGUACUGUUAUCUGGCUUGACAACUAUUACGAAGACUGGGCGUAUGCGAGGGAGCCUAGCGAGUUCGAUCAGCGACUUGCAGGACAGAUACUGACGGCUACAGGAGGAUUCUCGACUAGCCAGCAUGGCUCACAUGAUUCCAUGGUAUUUCACGUGCGAGACCGCAACGAUUGGAGCGUGGUCGCGAUUGAUGAGGAGUCUGGGAGAAUUGUCGUCGGUGAUGUGGACGGUGCGAUGACACUCUUCGAAUAUCUUUAA